CACACAUUGAUCACUCAUGCGGGUUUUCUUUCCUUCAUAACCUCAAUUCAAUGAAAAAAGUCUCGAAAAGUCCGAAAUGGCGUCGAUUCUAAGAUCUUCGAAAUUUGUGAGGUACAUUGCUGGAUUCGCAAGAAAUGUCGUAAUUAACACACCUAGAGAAUUUGACGGAAAUUUUGUAAACACUUCUCAAUGUCUGUGUGGUGUUCUACCCAGUAACUUCGCUACACAAGCUUCCACAUUACAAGAUCAAAAUUUAGAAACAAGUUUACGAAGAAUUGAUCAAGAUGUCAGAAAAUCAGGCCGCAUAUCUAGAAGAGACAUUGAAGAUGUUCUUGAAGAGAUUAGACAGACUAGAUCUGCUACCAGCUCACAAUCUUUGUUGGUCAUACGAUGUUGUGGUAACCUAGUACCUGAUGAAUUGCCAGAAAUAAGGACAAAGCUAGUUCAAGAAAUAUGGAAUACAUUGAAUAAAACUAAAUGUACCAAUGGAUAUAUCACACUAUAAUGCUCUUUUAAGAGUUUAUUUAGAAAAUGAACAUCCAUUUUCACCCACUGAAUUUUUGAGUGAACUAGAAAAUAAAGGUAUCGAACCAAAUAGAGUUACAUACCAAAGACUUAUAGCUCGAUAUUGUCAAGAUGGUGAUAUAGAAGGAGCAACAAAAAUAUUGGAGUUCAUGAGAGAAAAACAAAUGUCAGUCAAUGAGAAUGUCUUUAAUGCACUUAUUGUUGGACACUCUAAAGCUGGAGACAUGGAUUCGGCUCAAGGCAUAAUAAAUGUUAUGACUCAAGCUGGCUUGGAACCGAGUGCGGACAGUUACACCACUUUAGUAAGUGGAUAUGCGGCCAAAGGAGAUAUCGAGACCAUUUUGAAAUUGCUUGAAGAAUGCGAAUCAAAAGAAAUAUUCCUAUUAGAUAAAGAUUAUUUGGACAUCAUCUACGCUUUAGCUGUCAAUGGACAUAAACAACAUGUCCCUGCGAUCCUCGGAAAGGUGCGCAAAGCAAUUGGCUACAACCAAGAUGCUGUUAAUAUCACUUUAAGGUUGAUCAACAAAGGUGAAGAAGAAGCUGGGUUUGAAGUACUAAAAUCAAUGACUCGAAUUACUCGCGAAGAUGGUUCACCCGCUCCAACGGGUUAUUUCUUUAUUAGACAACUAGUUAAAGCCAAUCGUCCUUUAAACGUUCUCUUGAAGUACUGCGAUAUAAUGGAAAAAGAACAGAUGUACGAUCGAGCUUUUCUGCUUGCAGCUGAAAUGAGUCUUCAGCUGGGAAAUGAAAAACUGGCAUAUCCACUGCUUGAAGAGCUUCAAAAACGAGGUGUUACAGUCAGACAACACUUUUUCUGGCCACUAUUUAUAUCCAAAGCCAACGAUAAUAAAGCUAUUGUAGAUAUUUUACAGAAAAUGCAUGAUUUCAACGUUUUUCCAAAUAAUGAAACUAUCAGGGAAUACGUUAUACCAAAUCUGAAAGGAAAUAGCAGUGAAAUUUUAGCUCUACUUCGAGAUGGAAACAUUUCAAUUGGUAGUGCAGCGUCUAGUUUAGUUAUUUCCUUAUUACUUCGUAAUGAGAUUAAAGAAGCCGCAACUAUUGCUACCACGAUACAAGCUUACUACAAUCCCGAUAUGACUAAGAGGCCUCUUACGAAUGCAUUUUAUAAAACGAACGAUCUAAAGUCUUAUGUUGCUAUAGUGAGAACCGUGUUUGAAAACGUAGAUCGUAAGAAAACUGCGCAGAAAAACGAAGAUGACGAAGAAGAAGCGAAUGAAGGAGUUAACAAAGCGGAACUGGUGGGAAACUUCGUCCUCGAUUUAACUUCAAAAAGCAGAGCAUUUGUGGAGAAAAUUGAAAGUGUAUUACAAGCGUUGUGUGAACAAGGUCUAAGUAUAUCCACGCCAACAGCCGAAAAAAUAGAAGAUAAGUUAGGAGAGAAGAUGACUGAUCAGAUUGCACAGUUAUUAGGAAGACUAAGUUCUGGGGAACUGACGCCUGUACCAAUACAACGGCAACCUCCAAGCUAUGUUCCAUCACACCAAAUGAAUAUUCCUCAACUAGAAAGAUUGAUACAAAAUCUAACAGCAAAGAAUCAAGAAACCAAAGGACUAAAGAGACAGUUGUUCACUCUGUAUUAUAGAGCCAAGGAUCUAGAGAAAACCGAAAAGCUUGUGCAAGAUUUGAAUCAAACAGAUUUUGUAUUCACACCUGGUUUAUAUGCCCAACUGUUUGACCUCUAUGCUUAUCACGGUAAUUUAGAAAAAUCUCUGGAAUACUAUAACUUGGUUAGAGAAAAGCAAGGGUCUGAAUUUGCCUUAGAUAGCAGCAAAAUUCUGAGAUUCGCACACUUAUAUAUCAAAUCAGGCCAGUUCGAUGAGUGUAUUAAGCUGUUAGAAAAUACCCCACAGGAUAAAAAAGACGACGACAAGGGAUUCUCAUACACUUCUCUGGUUUGGAGAUUAUUGAAUACUCUUGCAGAGGAAGGAAAAGUAGAAGAAUUGGAUACGUUGUUUAAUACACUAGUCAAAAAAGAGUUCAUUGAAGUCAGCAAUGUACUUCUGGGACCUUUAAUAAAAGUACGUCUAAUAAAAAAAGAUUUGGAAAGUGCUUUGGAAAAAUUUGAAUGGUGUGUUAAUCAUUUCAAGGCCACGCCGUGGAAAAAUGAACUCGCCUGUCAGCUAAUUCAAAAUGAAGACGCCGAGAAGCUUCAAAAACUCACGGAUUUAAGUACAUCAAUACACGGUGAAGUUAACAGUCUGUAUGAUUUAGUAUUUGCGUUUGUUGAGUGUGGUCGCGUUAGACAAGCUAGAAAAAUUUUGGAAACUCCUGGUUUACAGGUACGGCCUCAAAGAAUAAAUACUGCUUGUGAAAGAUACCAACAAGAGGGUCUUAUUAAACCGCUGGAAGGAUUGAAAGAUGCUACAAAAGACCUCAACCAUAUUGACCGUUCAGAUAUCUAUUAUCAAUUGUUGCUGAGCUACAUCAAGCAGGACGACAUUGACAAAGCUCUAGGAUUGUGGACUCAAAUGCAAGAAGAAGAUAUGGCUCCUUCAGAUCCGUUCUUAUUAAAAUUGGGAGACUUUUUACAAAGUAAAGGAAGACAAGUUCCUUUUGUUGUACCACAAACAACAGUCCAAGCUGCUGAAGUUCCACAAUCCACUAAACCUCAAGUUACUCCAGCUCCAGUUCUAUUUAGACAAAAACUUAAGUUGGGAAAUGUCGACGAAGCCCUAAAAGUAAAAAAUAACAGCAAGGAAGCUCUUAAUGUAGUAGAUUUAACAACACUAAUAGAAAAAUUGUUGCAACAGAACCGUUUAAAGGAAGCGUCCAAGGUAACGUUUGAAAUACUCGAUCGUGGUAACAUUCCUGUAAACAGAGUAUUCAGAUUCUUGUUAAAUAAAUUGGCCACAGCUGGCGAUGUUGACACUUUAAGUAAAAUAGGACAAAAAAUAAAUUCCGACGUGAAGAGAAUUGUAUCUUUCGAUAACAGAAUGUGCCAUGCAAAUUUGGUAGCUGGUAACGCAGAAGCUUAUUUAAAGAAGCUCGACAAUGACAUAAAUAGCGCCAAAGAUGAAGAUUUAAGUCUACUUAGCGAACAGUUUCCCAGAGGAGGAGCUUAUGGUAUUUUGGAGAAACAUCCCGAUUUGACUGAACAAUAUGAACAGUUGGCCCUGAAAUACGCAAAGCGAGGAAUAGUAGGACCCUUGAACGUUCUCUGGACCCGAUACUUCAUCAACCAAAACCACGAAAAGGCCGACCAAAUCUGGAAUGAACACUUAAAGGAUUCAAACAGAAUAAUGUUCCAAAAGAUAGUACAUACCGCUAGAGAAGAGCAAAACGAAAACUUAGCCAAAAAACUGAUUGAACAUUUAAAAGCCAGCAGUGUGUCAGAAGGAGCUCUUGGCAACGCGUACAGUUGCUUAUUAGAUGUGUUGUUCAGUAAAGAGAACCACAAACAUGUCGUCGAAACCUUCGAAGAAGCGAUGAAAGCCGUAUCUUUGAGUUUCUUAAAUAGGACUGCGAUUAUUAGAAGCAAAGAAGCCUUUGAAAAAUUAGGAAAAACCUUUGAUUAUGAAAUACCACCUAGAAAUAAAAAUAAUGUACCGAUAGAAGAUUUAUCGUAAAUUGUUAGAUAUUUUAUUCACAUGUAUAUAUGUAGUUUUAAGUUUGGAUGUUUCAAAAGAAAAUGAUGUAUUUUCCAUUAUUGGAUGCAGUAUUUGUUCUUUUUCGGUGUUGUUCAGCAAUUUCUUUUGGAUAAUUCGAAAAGGCCAAUUUGUUUUUUAUAAUAAACUGUUAUCAACAA